AUGCCAGCGUGGUACGUGGCGGCGUGUCGGGCGAACAUUACCUGCGGAGGAAUGAUAGCCUCGCUCUCGGAUCAGGAGGUGCAGCGUGAGCUGGGCAUAAGUAACCCCUUGCAUCGGCUGAAACUUCGUGUUGCCAUACAAGAGAUGAUGGCUUUCACCAAUGUCCGUUCCUCGGACCUCGCACAUAGUACUGGCGCACAACCUAACGACUUACCUCUCCUCAAGGUAUCAUGCGUCACGCCUUUUUCGCUCCCACCUUCGCAACAGUUUUAA